AUGGACCCAGCAGAGAUCACCCAGAUCCAGAAUGCUAUAACCCACCAAGGAGAACUACUGUUGCGGCAGCAAGAACAACUCUCCCAAAUAUCAGAGACCCUCUGGACACUUACCGAUUUUGUCCAACCACGGCCCAACCCCAACCCAGGAGGAGCCAAUGCCCAAGUCUCAUCACCCAGUGCUACAGGCGUCGCCAUAGUUCCUCCAGGGAAGCUGUCCGGGAACCCAAGAUCCCAGCCCCCGAGCAGUAUGACGGCCACCCUGGAGGAUGUUCAAGCCCUCAAUGGACGCAGCAUCGGCUCCGGCCAGGUGGAAUAUCAGACCAAGCUCAUUCUACUGCAGUACGUUGACCUCCGGGAGGCCUUCAGUAAGAGGCAAUCCGCCACCCUCCCUCCUCAUCGUCCAUACUACUGUACCAUAGAACUCCUACCCGGCUCCACCCCUCCCCAGGGCCGUCUGUACUCCCUCUUGACCCCUGAAGCAGCAGUCAUGGACAAUUACAUCCGGGAGUCGCUGGAGGCAGAGUCUAAUGGGAUAACGGAACGGGCCAACCAGGAGUUGGAGAAGUUCCUCUGCUGUGUUUCGUCUCACCCAGGCGAGCAACUGGAUCAAGUUCCUCGUCUGGGCAAAUAUGCUCAAAACACACUGCCGAACUCGUCCACUAGACCGUUCGAGUACAGGAGUGGUGCGCUACGUGGGGAGACUGACUUUGCCAAGGGUGGAGUGGUGCGGCGUGGAGUUGGACGAGCCCUGGGGAAGAAUGACGGUGCAGUGGCUGGAACCAGGUACUUCCAGUGUCCGCCCAGGUUUGGACUGUUCGCACCCAUCCACAAGGUGAUCCGUAUCGGUUUCCCCUCCACCAGCCCGGCCAAGGCCAAGAAGAGCAAGCGCAUGGCCAUGGGGGUGUCAUCCUUGGCCCACAGCCCCAGCAGCUCGUCCAUCAGCUCUGUUAGCUCUGUGGCUUCCUCAGUGGGCGGGCGGCCCAGUCGAACUGGCCUGCUCACAGAGACGUCGUCGCGCUAUGCCCGCAAAAUUUCAGGCACUACUGCGCUGCAGGAGGCCCUGAAAGAGAAACAGCAGCACAUCGAGCAGCUGCUGGCCGAGAGGGACCUGGAACGGGCUGAGGUGGCAAAAGCCACCAGCCACAUCUGUGAGGUGGAGAAGGAGCUCAGUGUCCUCAAGGCCCAGCACCUGCAGUAUGUUACAGAGACUGAAAGCAACCUCCAGCAAGUCAAAACUCUGUUGGCAAGCACUCAGAAGGACAAAGUAGAGCUGGCCAAUCAGCUUGAAGAAGAGAAAAGGAAAGUGGAAGACCUUCAGUUCAGAGUGGAGGAAGAGUCAAUCACCAAAGGAGACCUUGAGACUCAGACGAAAUUGGAGCAUGCCCGUUUUCGGCAGCUUGAGCAGAAUCUGUUCCUCGAAAAGUCGAGAGCAGAAAAGCUUCAGAAAGAAUUAGAGCAAAGCACAGUUGAGGAGCAGAGCCGCGUCAUGCAGCUGGAGGAUGAACUGGCUCUGCGUCGGGCCGAGAUCGAGGAGCUCCAGGUCCGGCUCCGUGAUGCGGCCAAGGACGGGGACUCCACCCAGGGGCCGGUGGCCCAGUCGGAAACCAUUCUGCUCCGGGAGCAGCUCCUGACGGCAGGCCGGGAGCACCACAAGGAGAGCAGCCAGCUGAGGGAGAAGUACGAGGCUGCAGUGGCAACGGGCCAGAAGGAGACAGACAAACUGAAAGCCACGGUGGACAAACAGAGCCAGGAGAUCAUUGAGCUGAAGCAGAAAGUCCAGCAGGCCUCUACAGAGAACAUGGAGAUGAUGGACAACUGGAAGGUCAAGCUGGACACCCUGGUCAACGACCACCAGCGUUCCCUUGAGGACCUGAAGGCCUCGCUGUCCAGCGGCUCGGCCAAAGGCCAGCAGCAGGAGCCCCAUGAGCUGAGGACCACACUGGAGAGCCUGCGCAUGGAGCACCAGCUGGAGCUGGAGAAUCUCAAGGCCAGGCAUGAGAUCGAGGCAGCCUUGCUGGCCAAGGAGCGUGACGAUCUGCGCUCACGCCUGCAGGAUGCCAAGGACCAGCUGGUCGAGAACACCCAGAACUGGAAUAGCCAGGCCCAGACGAAGGCCAGGAGUGACCAGCAGGCCCUGGAGCUGAGGGAGGUCUGGGAGAAGUUCCAGAAGGCCCAGCUGAGGGUGGGCGAGCUGGAGAGGCUGCAGGGCGAGCAGGACGGCGCCCGAGACAAGCUCCAGGAGCGCUUGGAGCUGGCUGAGAAGAAGAUGGUGGACUACAAGGCCCUGCAGAAGGCCGAGGCCCAGAGUAGACAGGAGCUCUACAGCCUGGAGGAGAAGCUGAGGGUGACUGAGAACCGGCUGCAGGCGGUGCAGGAUGACCACCACAUGCCACAGGAUGCCAACGUUAUAGAAAAUAAUGACAUCUUGGAGGAAAAGAUUAAGCUAAAACAGAAUGUUGAAGAAACUAUGGAGAAUCUGACCAAAAGAGAAAGAGAGGUCUCUACUCUCACAUCACAUGUCGAUGCCCUCAAAUCACAGAUAACUGCCUUGGAGGGCAAAGUUCGCUUGGGUGAGAAGAAGGGCGAUGCCCUGGUCAAGGAGAAGAUGCGCCUGGAGGCCGACCUCGAGUGCAUGACCAAGAAGUCCCAUGAUGCAUCGGGACAGCUGGUUGUCAUUAGCCAGGAGCUACUGAAGAAGGAGAGGAGUCUGAACGAGUUAAGGGUGUUACUGCUGGAUUCCCCUCGCCACUCGCCCGGCCUGGACCGAGACCUGAGCCGAGAGGUGCACAAGGCUGAGUGGAGGGUGAAGGAGCAGAAACUCCAGGAUGACAUCAAGACCCUGAGAGACAAACUGCUCCUGCUGGGCAGGGAGAGGGGCUCGUCCCCAGAUCACAGGCGCUACUCUAUGCUGGACCCGUCGACCCUGGACUCGGAGGUGACACUUCUGCGCCAGCGGCUCAUGAGCACAGAGGAGGCUCUGAGGGGAGCCCUGGAGCACAACCAGGAAGUGGACCAGCUGGUGCAGGCCAUGCGCACGCACCCAGACAAGAGCGAGGUGCAUGGUGGUGCAAAUUCAGCCAAUGGAAUUCAUCAACAGAAUUUGUCCUUUACUCAAGAUGAACAACACUGAUAUAGGAGAAGAAGAGCUCAUCUUGGAUUGGGGAAAUACAGAGGUACAUUUUAAAAGAAGAAGUCAGUACGACUUGGGACUAGCACGCCACUGGACUCCAGACAACAUUUCCUGUUUACAGUUACUACCAAAACAAUGUCUCUCUAUCUCAAUAUGUACAUUCAUCUGUUGCAAAAAAGAAAAACACCCAUUAGCCAAACUUAAGACAGCUUGAAGAUACUGUAAAAUGGUUGACAGAGGUGAAGAAUUAUAGGUAUGACUUUUGAAAACUGAUACAUACCCUGCCUACAUACCCAAGGAUGGUAUUGGACAUUUGGGCAUGAGAUAACCUUUUAUCUUAGUUUAUUAGAGAUUGUGACCCUAUGAGCCUUGAAGGAUGAAUUGUGACUCCAGAGAAUGAAAUGACUCUGGUGUCUGAUUGAAAACAAAGAUUAAGAAUUUGGCCUCAAUCCAUCACUUUUUGUUUUAUUUAUUUGCCACACUUCUUUUUUUUAAUCCUUCUUAGAUUACUGUAGCUGAUUUGACCAGUGACGUUCAAUUUGCUUCAUAGCGAACAUGCUCUGUAGUGAACAUGUGAAUGAAACGGGGAUGCUGCUGGAUUUAAGCUGAUGUUGUAUCUACAUAUGAAUAUAGCUGCAUUAUCUGAAAUCUGUGCAUACUGUAAUUGUGUAUUUAGUCAACUGAACCAAUGCAACUUGGUGCUGUAUGUGCACCAAAUAGCUAUCAGUUUAAUGGUUUACUCAUUUGAACUAAGUAAUCCUUAAUUCCACUGUGGCUUUACUGGAUAGUGGGAAACCAUACCACUUUGUAGUGUUUUCAUACACGUGAGGGGAAAAAAGAAAGUCUUAACUUCCUAUUGUUGAUCAUUUAUCUAAAGAAAGUUCAACCUAGAUCAAUGCCUUGGGAUCACUUUGUCCUUUGAUUCGAGUAGGCCACUCAACGGCUGUUUGGAGCACAAUGCAAACAAUGGAACAUUCAAAGCUUGUGUCCGAAAUGUCACUCUAUGACCAAUAUAGUGCACUACUUUUGACCAGAAAAGUAGUGAACUAUAUAGGGAAUAGAGUGCCAUUAGGGAUGGAGGCCUACUGUAACUGCUUCCUCCAUUCUGGAAGAUCCCUCCCUUCUGGAUGUAAACAACUAAUCACAAUGUACAGAAUUGAUACGUUACGGUCUUCCAAAUGUUAUUAUCUCCAUUGAACAAGCCAACAGUGAGAUUCUAAAUGCAGUCCAUUACUGUAUUCUUGGGAGAUUAGUUGAUAUUCUGGUUGCGUCUCGAAUGGCACCCUAAUUUCCUACGUACAGUGAGCUCCAAAAGUAUUGGGACAGUGACAAAUGUUUUGUUGUUUUGGCUCUAUACUCCAGCACUUUGGAUUUGAAAUGAUAGAAUAACUAUGAGAUUAAAGUGAAGACUGUCAGCUUUAAUUUGACGGUAUUUUCUUUCCUUAUCGGGUGAACCAUUUAGAAAUUACAGCACCUUUUGUACAUAGUCCCCCCAUUUUAAGGGACCUUAGGUAUUGGGACAAAUUCACUUAUGUGCAUUAAAGUAGUAAAAUGUUAAGUAUUAUCGCAGUGCUAGAGGCGUCACUACAGAUCAGGGUUCGAUCCCGGGCUGUAUCACAACCGGCCGUGAUCGGGAGUCCCAUAGGGUGACGCACAAUUGGCCCAGCGUCGUCUGGGUUAGGGGAGGGUUUGGCUGGGGGAUCUUUACUUGGCUCAUCGCGCUCUAGUGAUUCCUUGUGGUGGACCGGGCACCUGCAGGUUGACCUCGGUUAUCAAUUGAACCUUAUUUCCUCCGAUGCAUUGGUGCGGCUGGCUUCCGGGUUAAGCGGGCGGGUGUUAAGAUUCGUGGUUAGGCGGGCCAUGUUUCGGAGGACCCCUGACUGGACCUUCGCCUUCCGAGCCCAUAGAGGAGUUGCAGUGAUGAGACAAUGUCGAAAUUGGGGAGAAAGGGGGGUAAAAUACAACAACAACAAAACAUUAUAAGAAUAAUAUUAAUAAUAAGUUCUGUAUUUGGUCCCAAAUUCAUAGCAUGCAAUGACUACAUCAAGCUUGUGACUCGACAAAUUUGUUGGAAGCAUUUGCUGUUUUAUUUUGGUUGUGUUUCAGAUUGUAUUGUGUCAUUUUGGAGUCACUUUUAUUGUAAAUAAGAAUAGAAUAUGUUUCUAAACACUUCUACAUGAAUAUGGAAUAGCUAAUCCUGAAUGAAUUGUGAAUAAUGAUGAGUGAUAAAGUUAAACGUACAAAUAUCAUACCCCCAAGACAUGCUAACGUCUCACCAUAACAAUAACAGGGGAGGUUAGCAUUUUUGGGGGGUAUGAUAUUUAUACCUCUAACUUUUUCCCUCAUCAUUAUUCAUGAAUCAAUCAGGAUGAUCCGUAAUCAUGGUAGCAUCCAGAUUAGUGUAGAAGUGUUUAGAAAUAUAUUAUAUUCUUAUUUACAAUAAAAAUUACAAUACAUUAUCUACCAUUAAUUUCUAUUGGGCACAAAAUAAUCUGAAACACAACUAAAACAAACAGCAAAUGCAUCCAACAAAUGUGUAGAGUCACAAGCUUGAUGUAGUGAUUGCAUGCUAUAAAUAUGGGACCAAAUACUAAACUUUUGACUACUUUAAUACACAGAUAGGUCAAUUUGUCCCAAUUAUUUUGGUCUCCUAAAAAUCGGUGUUCUAUGUACAAAAAGUGCUGUAAUUUAUAAAAGGUUCACCCGAUAUGGAUGAAAAUACCUUCAAAUUAAAGCUGACAGUCUGCACUCAAACCCCGUAGACAUUGUAUAAAUUCAAAUCCAAAGUGCUGGAGUACAGAUCCAAAACAACAACAAAAAUUGUCCCUGUCCCAAUACUUUUGGAGCUCACUGUGUAUUGUGCACUACUUUUGACCCAGGGCUCUACCCCUGGUCUAAAGUAGUGCACCAUUUUGAAUGCAGACUCUGUCUUUGGGAGAACAUUAUUUUGAUGUGACUAAUGUGGAAUGUAAGACUUGGGGAUCGACAUUUCAUGGGCAAAGUGUAGGGCUGGCAUCUGGUCAGUGAAACUGAAGCUACAAAUUGUCAUUGGAUAUUGUAUAUGGGCUUUUUCAUAUAGGAAACACUUCGUACCCUUAAUGCUGUAAUGAUUUCUGAGAUUGAGUCAUUAAAUGUUAACAAUGUGGGCAAAGGA